GUGAGCUAACUGGCACCAUGAAAUUAUUAAAUGUCUUUCUGCUCCUCUCUCUGGCUCUUUUCAGCAUUUUCUCAGGUGUCUUCAGUCAAGAAGGACAGGUUGACUGCGGUGAGUUCCGGGAUCCCAAGGUCUAUUGCACGCGGGAAUCUAAUCCCCACUGUGGUUCUGAUGGCCAGACAUAUGGCAAUCAAUGUGCCUUCUGUAAGGCGGUGGUGAAAAGUGGUGGAAAGAUCAGCCUAAAGCAUCAAGGAAAAUGCUGAAGUUUUGUGCAGGGUUUGUGCUGACUUCCAACAGCUGCUUUUCUCACUUCUGUUUUUCUCUAAAGGAUUCUUUAAAUUUAUAGACACUCCUUCUACUCCACUUACUGUAGUUCAAUAUAUAUCU